AUGUGCGUUCAAGGGCUCCUCGUUCUCAACUCCAUACGGCAUGCAUGCUUCCUGGAUGAGAACAUGCGCACAGCUCAACAGGAUUUCCGCGAUCUUCUGCUACGGGUGCGUGAUGGGAGUCAGACAGAGGACGAAAACCAGAUAUUCCUCGACAGACACCUUCAUGCUCUCCCCGCUGUGGAGAAGGCGUCGUUCGCAGAAGCUGUACUGACAACCCCUACACGCGAACGAGCGCUCUCAGUCAACAGAGCGCCGUUGGAUGUACUUGCUGCAGGCUUGGUUAACGUGAAGGCUAUCCAUUCUGGCCGCGGCGCUUCAUCAGCCACAGACGAGAUAGCUAAAGGACUAUCCAGCCAUGUGCAGUUGAAGGUUGGGGUUCCAGUGAUGCUCACGGCUACUCCAGCUGUUAUGUGUGGGCUCACUAACGGCUCAUUUGGCCGUGUUGCUGCCAGCAACUUGCUGGAUUUAUGUCUGCGGACCAUCAUGAUGGAGGAGUGGGUAUGUGACAUACCGUAUGUCUAUUGUCCUUGUUGA